AUAAAGACAAGCCGUCCCAGCCUUCACCAUGUGACUCUCACUCUCAGUGCCACCAUGCUGGCCUCGGGGCUGCUUCUGGUGGCUUUGCUGUCCUGCCUGACAAUAAUGGUCUUGAUGUCUGUCUGGCGGCAAAGGAAGUUCUGGGGAAAGCUGCCUCCUGGUCCCCGAGCGCUGCCCUUCAUCGGGAACUACUUGCAGCUGAACACAGAGCAGAUGUACAACUCCCUCAUGAAGAUCAGCGAGUGCUAUGGUCCCGUGUUCACCGUCCACCUGGGCACUCGGAGGAUUGUGGUGCUGUGUGGACAUGAGGCUGUAAAGGAGGCUCUGGUGGACCAGGCUGAGGAAUUCAGUGGGCGAGGCAAGCAGGCCACCUUUGACUGGCUCUUCCAAGGCUAUGGGGUGGCAUUCAGCAACGGGGAGUGCGCCAAGCAACUCCGGCGCUUCUCCAUCAGCACGCUGCGGGACUUCGGCGUGGGCAAGCGCGGCAUCGAGGAGCGCAUCCAGGAGGAGGCGGGCUUCCUCCUCGAGGCCUUUCAGGUCACGCAUGGUGCCUUCAUCGAUCCCACCUUCUUCCUGAGCCGAACUGUCUCCAAUGUCAUCAGCUCCAUUGUCUUUGGGGACCGCUUUGACUACGAGGACAAAGAGUUCCUUUCACUGCUGCGCAUGAUGCUGGGAAGCUUCCAGUUCACAGCUACACCUACAGGGCAGCUCUAUGAGAUGUUCUCCUCAGUGAUGAAACACCUGCCGGGCCCACAGCAGCAGGCAUUUAAGGAGCUCCAGGGGCUGGAGGACUUUAUAGCCAAGAAGGUGGAGCAGAACCAGCGUACACUGGAUCCCAACUCCCCGCGGGACUUUAUUGAUUCCUUCCUCAUCCGCAUGCAGGAGGAGCAAAAGCACCCCAACUCUGAGUUCCACAUGAAGAACCUGGUAAUGACCACGCUGAACCUUUUCUUUGCGGGCACCGAGACGGUCAGCACGACCCUGCGUUAUGGUUUCCUGAUGCUCAUGAAGCACCCAGAUGUGGAGGCCAAGGUCCAUGAGGAGAUUGACCGGGUGAUUGGCAAAAACCGUCAGCCCAAGUUCGAAGACCGGGCCAAGAUGCCCUACACAGAGGCUGUGAUCCACGAGAUCCAGAGAUUCGGAGACAUGAUCCCCAUGGGCCUGGCCCGCAGAGUCACCAAGGACACCAAGUUUCGGAACUUCCUCCUCCCUAAGGGCACUGAAGUGUUUCCUAUGCUGGGCUCCGUGCUAAGAGACCCCAAGUUCUUUUCCAAACCUGGAGAUUUCAACCCCCAGCAUUUCCUAGAUGAGAAAGGGCAGUUUAAGAAGAAUGAUGCUUUUGUGCCAUUCUCCAUUGGAAAGCGGUACUGUUUUGGAGAAGGCCUGGCUAGAAUGGAGCUCUUUCUCUUACUCACCAACAUCAUGCAGAACUUCCGCUUCAAGUCCCCACAGUCACCCAAGGAUAUCGACGUGUCCCCGAAACAUGUGGGCUUUGCCACCAUCCCACGAAACUACACCAUGAGCUUCCUGCCACGCUGAGCUAGAGCUGCCACAGGGCAGGGCUAGUGGGAGGAGCAAAUGGGAGGGCGGGGCUUGGAGGGGCGGUGUU